GGUCAUCUCUCUCUCUCUUCGUCCUCAUCAAACAUGGGUCGCCGUCCCGCUCGCUGCUACCGCUACUGCAAGAACAAGCCGUACCCCAAGUCGCGCUUCUGCCGUGGUGUCCCCGAGCCCAAGAUCAAGAUCUUCGAUCUCGGUCGCAAGAAGGCGUCUGUUGAUGACUUCCCGCUGUGCAUUCACAUGCUCUCCCUCGAAAAGGAGCAGCUUUCCAGCGAGGCGCUUGAGGCGGGCCGUAUUUGCUGCAACAAGUACAUCUCCAAGCUGUCUGGCAAGGACUCUUUCCACCUCCGUGUCCGUGUCCACCCCUUCCACGUCGUCCGUGUCAACAAGAUGCUCACCUGCGCUGGUGCCGAUCGUCUCCAAACCGGUAUGCGCAACGCCUACGGCAAGCCCAUGGGCACUGUCGCCCGUGUCGACAUCAACCAGAUCCUCUUCUCGGUCCGCACCAAGGACAGCAACAAGGCUGUUGUCGUUGAGGCCCUCCGUCGUGCCAAGUUCAAGUUCAACGGUCGCCAGAAGAUCAUCGUCUCCAACAAGUGGGGUUUCACCAACUUCACCCGUGACGAGUACCUCGCCCUCCGCAACGCCAACCGCAUUGUCCCCGACGGCGCUUUCUGCAAGGUCCUCAACGGCCACGGCCCCCUCAAGAACGUCAAGUCCCCCGUCAUUGUCUAAGCUCGCGAUGUUCUGUUCUGGUAGCGUUGCUCUUCCGAUCUUUGGUUGACAGAGUGCUACUGUUCAAGUCCUCGGGCCUUGUUUGGCAAUACUGGUGACUGCUUGUUGAUGGAUGUAUCAGCAAAAUACGAGAUGUUUUUUAAAAGCAAA